GUCAUAACUAACGUCAUUGGUGGCCUUUUCUUGAAUAAAUAUGAAUAACUGAUUAUUGACAUCUUUGGUAUUCAUAUAAAUAGGGAUAGAAUUCGAGUAUAAUAGUAUUUUUACUGGAGUACAAACAACGAAGCAAUAUCUUUUCAAUUUGGAUUAUCAAUCAUGGAUUUCCCCACUCAUAUCCUACUUGUUUUCUCAUCUUUACUGUUCAUGCUGUUAGGAGUAUCCUGUCGAGUUUGUUACGAUGAUCUUGGAUGCUUUGGUACAUCAUUGGCCUGUCACUGGAGAAACCCGGAUUCUCCGGCCUCGAUCGGGACCACAUUCACGCUUUACACCAGGCAGAAUAGAUACACGGGAGAUUCCUUGGAUCGUACGAACUAUGCCACGAUCUCCUCGUCGUCCUUCAGGGCGAGUCGUGACACCAAACUCAUCGUUCACGGCUGGACUGAUAGCAUGACCGGUAGCUGGAUAACCAUGCGAGACGCCCUCCUUGAUAACUACGAUGUCAACGUUGUGAUGGUUGAUUGGUCGGACGGUGCAUUAAAGGGAUACACUCAAUCUAGAGCUAAUACUCGGGUCGUCGGCAGGGAGAUCGCUAAGCUGAUUGAAGCUUUCCAAGCUGUUUCUGGGGCUACCUUCGACUCCAUGCACAUCAUCGGACACAGCCUGGGCGCCCAUAUCGGGGGUUACGCCGGGGAGGCAUGCUCUGGAACCAUCGGCAGAGUAUCAGGAAUGGAUCCCGCGGGUCCAGAGUUUGGUGGUGAUCUCGACAACGCCUGUCGACUAGAUCGAUCAGACGCCCUCUUCGUCGAUGCUAUGCACACUGACGGUGAAAUCCUUCUUGGAGGUGGAGCAGGGCUCAUGGAUGAGCUUGGACACCAAGACUUCUACCCAAACGGUGGGAUGGACAUGCCCGGUUGCCCUGUUCUUUCUGCCUCCUGCGAUCACAGCCGAGCCGUCGAAUACUACAUCGAGAGCAUCUGGUCAUCGUGUUCGUUCAGCUCUUCGAGGACCGCGUCGACGUGGGACGACAUCGACGAUGGGAGAUGGACACCAUGCAGUAGCUGGAGCUGCCCCCAGAUGGGGUACCACGCUGACCUCAACAAAGGAACAGGGGCUUACUACCUCGAGACCAACGGGGACAGUCCUUACUGCCAGGGGUAAAGGGAUCGACGACAAGAAAGAGGGUACACUAUUAUUGCAAGGAAUUAAAACAAAUUCACAUCGGCUGUGAAUAGUGACCAGGGCCCGUUGCAUAAAAGUUAUCAUUAUGGUACCUUUGCCAUGCAGUGGUAUCUUGCGUGGAAUCCUUGGUUUUAACUGGCUGUAGAUCAUCGUUACCAUGGUAUUUACCAUUUGAUGGCAAAGAUACCAUAACAUUAAUUUAUUUAAUUCGACGAUUGUUGCCCAGGAGACCAGCCGAAGUUUGGAUUUCUUUUUAAUCCUAAGGAUUAACAUUGAAAAAUGUUGUUUAGCUUUAAUUUCAAAUCCUAAAGGAUUAAAUUGAUUUUAAAGGUCUGAUCUCGAGUGUAUACUCGUGAUAUAGGCUGCUCUCACAAUAUCGGCUGCGAGUCAAAUCAACAAAGGAACAGGGGCAAAAUGGGAAGUGCAUUGGUUAUACACGUUUUAAGGGAGGUAAGAGGAUUGAUAGGGGAAGGGAGUGGGCCGCCCUCAAAAUGGGCUGGUAAAAUAGGGAAGCAAAGGGUUAAAAAAGGGGCCUAUAUAGGUACAAUAUUUAAAUGGUAUGUAACAAGGGAGCACUUCAUUACCAUUCAUCGUCCGAUAACUCGUCAGAUCUUAUAAAUUUCCUUGAUUUUGGCUGAGAAGCACUGUUUCUAUAUUAUGCUAAGUGUCGGAUAAGACAGGACUUGACGGAUGUCUACAAGUCCUUUUAUGAAAUUAACAAGCCCCUCCCCCAAAAAACAAACAAACAAACAAGGGGGCCUCACUCCCAAUUAAUGGUGAUUUAUGUUGGGAAAAUUUUAACAAAAAAACAUGUACUUGCGUAUGCCAUGCAGGAUAUUCCCUUAACAAAUAUUUGUUUGUGGCUGUCAAGGGGGGGGGCAUGGGUCGGAUGUGCCCCUGCUUGGAUCCCGGGGUACAGUUCGAAUCUUAAAAGUAGAUGUAAUAUGAAGUGUAUAUAGUUAUAAAUAGUUAUAAUGAGAAUAUGAUACGGUGUAGCGAUUACACAGUUGCGUGAACUGUAUGAUUAUAUUUCAUGGUUAAACAGAACUCAUCUCUAUAUUUUCGGUGUGAAUUUGAAUGGGUUGAAUCUGAUGAUGCUAUAAUGCUUCAUUGUAACUCAAAAAAGUUGGAACAAUGAGUUGGUUGAAAAAUUCGAUAUCACGCGUAUUUUUUUUCCUUCAUUCUUUCUUUUUAAACUUUCAUUUUUGUCUGGGAUUAUACUCUUGAAUAUUAUUUGCGAUUUUAUGCAAUCAUUAGGUGACAUCUGAUUCCAGUUUUACAUUUAUCUACUGUAUAUCAGAAGGAUAAUGAAUUGUUAUUUCUAAAGGAAAUUUUCCAGACACAAUAAUACAAUUAAAUUUCUUUAUUGUUGAACACAAAGCAGUUAACAGAAAACCAGGCUCAUAAAUUCAAAUUAAAAUUCAAUUAGGUUUUAUUAAACAAUACUCCUCAAAAAGUCCGAAGACUAACAAUGUGAGUUUACAUUUUUUUUUUAUACAUAACAGAGAAAUAAAUAAAUACAUAACAUGAUGUAUAUAGUAUAGCGAAGCAAAACAAAAUAUGAUUUGAUAUUUUCAUUUCUAUGAUUUUGUGUAGCGACCUGUCUUCCUUCAAAAUCAAAAUGAUAAUGUGGAUUAGGCAUACAAUUGGACGCUGGCGUUUGAUGUAAUAGGAAUGCAAAAUUGGAUGACAGAAAAAUAUUACAUUUUAUCAUGAUGUUACAAUA